ACCAAUGUCGACGAACGCGUUUUGUCAUGCCCUUGUUGGGUUUGUGAUCAAUUGGGCGAACGAGUUCCACCCACGACCGUUUCCACUUUCCCCACGGAGCCAUCGCAGCAUCAUCGGCUUGGGCAACCACUGACGGCCGGAGGAACUGACACAAUGGACACGGACACGGCCACGGCCACGGCCCCGCUCACAAGCAACGGAAAUGUCCCGUCAUCGGACCCUAACAUAGUCGUCGCGCAAGAGUUCCAAUAUUUGUUGGAGAAAUCGCAGCAGUUGUUCGCAGGCCUGAGAGAUCUCCCUCCCACGGGCAAAAAUUGGCAGACGUACUUUCAGCGCACGUUCGAAGUGUACACGCGGUUAUGGAAGUAUCAACAAACACACAGGCAAAUCCUCGAAAAUAAAGACUAUCACGGCCUGAAGCGAUGGGACAUCGGCGAAGUUGCAUCAAAGAUUGGACAACUCUACUAUCACUACUACCUGCGCACCAGCGAAACAAACUACCUGCUGGAAUCCCACACAUUCUAUGACGCCAUCCGGAAACGCCAGUACUUCAAAGACGUGUUGGAAGUGAACAACCCGGCGCUUGUCAUCAAGAAGCUGCGAUACUAUGCGCGAUUCAUCGUCGUAUGCUUGUUUUUGAACGAGACGGUUGAGAUCCGAGAAUUGAUGGAGGAGCUCACUGCUCUCAUCGCGGACUACACGAAAAUCUUCAACCCGAGUGACUCUGCUGAAUGGAACGUCGUGCUUUCCGAGAUCUCAACAUUCCUAGAAGCUCAGAAGAAAACGACACCGGUAGACUUGGAGGGAAAAGCUCUACUUGCGCCAACACGACUGCAGAUUGAGCGGACCCCGAAGUUUGACAAAGAUGGCGCAGCACGAUUGCGACUUCAGGAGGCAAUUCUGGUCGGAAACUAUCAGAAUCAGAUCAAGUUUUCCGAACUGACGUUGGACAUGUACCGGUUGCUGCAAGCCCUUGAACGGGAGCCAACGACCAAUACUUCGGCGGGCAAACCCGCUCAUCCCAGCGAUGACCCGAAUGCCAUGGUCAGGAAGGAGGAGGAUGCACCUGCGGACGGAUCUGGCUUGGGAUCUUCGACUUCCGCUGGCGACAAGUCGAAUCUCCGGAGAUCGAACCCGCAUAAAUACCUGCUCUACAGACCAACGUUUGCGCAGCUUCUGUACUACAUAGCUACCACCUUCAAGGACAUCAACGAAAACUCAGCGAUGUUGAUAUACAUAUCAGCCGAUGGAGCCAAACGACCCGUGAAAUCAGAACACAUGGACCCAGCAUACCUGACCAACUACUCCGGAGGAGCCGCGACCGCUGUAAAUCAGAACUACGCCCGCAAAGGCGGCGACAAAACUGACAGCGAGCAGCAUACACCGCUAGUGCAUUGCUUACAUCCGAACGAUCUGGUCCCAUUCUCGAGGAAACCGUUGUUUGUGAUUGUCGACAGUACAAACAGUGCAGCAUUCAAAGACUUCCCGAAAAUCUUCCCACAAUCCGUGGCCUUCUUGAUGAGCCCGACAGAAUACCCCGCGUCUAUCAAAGACAAUGCGCAAAUAGGAAGUCUCUUUACGCUAUUCCUCACCACUCCCAUCAAGGCAUUCGCCUUCAUCUCCGACAUCACCGAAGUGAGCAAAGAGGUCUGGGAAAAGUGCUCAGGCUUGGUUAAAGAGACCGAGAUCCUCGUGGGCGAUCUACUGGACCUAUCAACCGAGCUCGACGCGGCGUACAAGCGAUUCCUUCAAGAUGAUUUCUUGCGGCAGUUCCUCAUUCGAUUCGUCAUCACCGACGCGAUAUUACAUCUGCACAGCAGUUUCAAGGACCCUCAGCAUUUCCCAUCGGCAUUCCCGGCCAUGGCGCCGUCUAUCGCUGCGACGCCAGAGUUGCACAAUAGGCUGAAGGAACUAGUGGACGCGGCUGGGGUCGGUGGGUUGUAUAACUUCCCUACUGAGGCGAAAGCGGAACCUGUACAGUGAACAACCUUGGCGGUAAGCAGAAACUUAGAUAGGACCUUUUCUUUCCAAAGGGCAUAUCUCUGCUGCUGCAAAUUUGUACAUCUCAAAGCUGGUCUUUUGGCUGCCCGUUUUUCUUUGCCAAUUCUCAAUCUAUAUCCUCUAAUGAUUCUGCGAAG